CCAGUCCACUGUAGAGCUGCGAGUGCAUAAAGAGCGUGGGCUUCAGAUACGUAGCUUAAUCCGCGAUAAGGCUAGCCUGGAAACAGAAACAGGACAAGAAAAUCAAAAUAAUAUAAAAAAAAAAAACUCUUACCAAUCAACAACCUCUUUAACGGCUAAGACAACAACGGCAAAACCCCAAUUAAAACCCUGAAAAAAAAAAAAAAAAGCAAAAUUUAUUCGCCGUCCUGGUUGUUGGAUUUUGCUUGCCUGACCGGCAGUAGGAUGAAACUCAGUCAAACCAGCUCUUCUUGAUCCGUGUCUACGCUUACACGUGUCCCCUUGGUCUUCGCUAGCAGCAUGGUUCCAGCUCCGUCAUCAAAGUCUCUAACUCACUGUCAUAAAUGUAAUUGCGUGGCAUCAUCAUUACCUUUAACAAGAAAACUUCCAGGUUGUUCUGCUCUCUCUUUUCAUGGUUUUAGCUCUUUUCAUCUUCAUUUUCUUCUUUGUCAAGAAACAACAAGGGUUAUAGCAGAACAGCAGUGGUAUUAGCUUCCAUGGCAGAUUUGAGCACUGUGCUUGUCACUGGAGCCAGUGGAAGAACAGGUCAGAUAGUUUAUAAGAAAUUGAAAGAGAGGUCAAACCAGUUUGUUGCUAGAGGAUUGGUUAGAACUCCAGAAAGCAAGGAGAAAAUUGGUGGAGCAGAUGAUGUUUUUGUUGGAGAUAUAAGGGAUGCCGGCAGCCUAGUUCCUGCUAUGCUAGGAAUUGAUGCUCUCAUAAUUCUUACUAGUGCUGUUCCAAGAAUGAAACCCGGAUUUGAUCCAACCAAAGGGGGAAGGCCUGAGUUCUAUUUUGAUGAUGGAGCAUACCCUGAGCAAGUUGACUGGAUUGGUCAGAAAAAUCAAAUAGAUGUUGCUAAGGAGGCUGGUGUGAAGCAAAUUGUGUUGGUUGGGUCCAUGGGUGGAACAAACCUUAAUAAUUCCAUUAACAGCUUGGGCAAUGGCAACAUGUUGGUCUGGAAGAGAAAGGCUGAGCAGUAUUUGGCUGACUCUGGUAUUCCACACACAAUUAUCAGGGCUGGAGGGCUGCAAGAUAAAGAUGGUGGCAUCAGAGAACUACUUGUUGGGAAGGACGAUGAGCUUCGACAGACUGAAACAAGAACAAUUGCCAGGCCUGAUGUAGCAGAAGUCUGCAUGCAGGCUCUGAAGUUCGAGGAGGCCAAAUUUAAGGCAUUUGAUCUAGCCUCGAAACCUGAGGGAGUCGGCACCCCAACAAAGGAUUUCAAGGCUCUCUUUUCCCAGAUCACUACUCGUUUCUAAUUCUCGAGGGCCAUGAAUUUGUCUAUGACUAUAAUUAUUCUCCUAAGGAUGUUUGAAUUUGAUUUCUUCUGUCUUCAACUUUAAGGCCAUCCCAUGGACACAAACAAGCAACUAUCAGCUGUGUCGACUCAGGAAUCCUUGCAAACCAAAGCUGAACGAUUAAGAUGGUGUUGCAUUGAUAUUAUUGUAUGGACAUCAUUUAGCUUUCCUAUCAUUCUGUUUGUCUCACAUUGUCAUGGAACUCAACAUUUGAAUUGAAUGUUGCAUCUUGCCCUCAUGUUAAAUUGCUAAACUUGUACUAGAAUUUAUUAGA